AUGGUGCACGUUGAAGCGGCUGCGGUGGGGGACGACGUGUUUGUGGCACCAGGCGAUACGGUGGAGGUGGCACCCGUGGAGGUGAAGGGGGAGAAGGACGCCGCGCUGAGGAUAGGGCCGGGCCUGACAGUGAUCCCAGAGACACAGCUGCGCGCCGCAGGCGUCCUUGACGGCGACGCUAGCAGCAGCGGCAACACGGCGAUGUUGCAGGUGGUGGUGCCCGGCGAUUUGCGCAGGAAGGGCAACAUGGUCUGGGUCGACGGCGUCCACAAGCGGGCGCUGCCGGCUGAAGGCGAUUAUGUGAUUGGGAUCAUCACGGGCACGCCUGGCGAAAACUACAACGUGGAUAUUGGCGGCUCCUGCAAUGCCACGGCCAGCGAGCGCCUCAGCGCAAAGCACACGCGCGAGCUCGUCAAGGAAAUGGCCCGCAAGAUCAGAUCAUAG